AUGUCCGCCGCCCCUGAGCUCGAUCAACAAGGCCGCCUGGAGGCGAUUACAAACCUCUGCCAUGCUCUGGGCUUCAACGAGACGAGUACGGAGGCUUGGUUGGCCGCUUGGUUUGCUGAUCUUGAUUGUCUUCGCGAACUCGCCAAACAAGCAGGAAGCCAGAGAGUCCAGGAGGUAUUCGCCCCGGAGAGUACGGUGGUAAGGGAAGUCCUGCGGAUGUGGAUGGGCUAUGGCAGACAUGAUAAUGAGAGAGAACCACUCAUCUUCACCACAGACAACGGAACCUGCGCCGCGCCAGACAUCAACAAAACCGACGCCUACUCCAUAUGUUCCCCCGGCCUCAACGACAGCCCCGAUCUCGAAAAAUUCUGGAACACCCUUGCGCUCUUCUGGUCCCCGUCAAAAGUGACCGCUUGGCGAAAUGCAACACGCGCCAUCGAUUCGUGCGCCAAUUACAUCACCUUCGGAUUACACGUAGGGGCGUAUUGGGACCACGGGAUGUUUUGUCUGAAGCCGAUCGCAGAGUCAGGAGAUGGGACGUGGCUGACUGCGGACAUGUACUGGAUGCCGAAUCCGUAUGGGGUGGUCAGCAUGAGCUUGUGUUCUCGCCCGUCUCUACCGAGUGGUCUUGCCUCCGCGCCGAAUCAGGGCAAGAUUUAUAAUGCAAAUCGUAGGAGGAUUACUUCGGGGUAUAGGAUCACGAUGACCACCCACGAUCCUGUUGAGAUGCCGCUUGCGUCCGUCGACUUGUUGGAGUUGCGGUGGGUUUUGGAUCGGAUUGCCCGGCUUUCGGGGGUUGACGAAAAGUACGGCCAUGAGGACUGGGAGGAUGAGAACGAGGUUGAUGCUGCUGCAACGCCUCUACCAAGACAGAAUGACAAUUCCAUAUAA